GAGCUUUAAAGGGAGUGGUCUGAAGGGUUGCUGCACAGCAGUGUUGUUCAGACACCUCCAAGUGUGGCUCGUCGCUCCGACAGCGAACCUCGACAUGGCCCUCGACUUCUCCAAGAACGCAGAGGAAAAACCGGAGCCACUGAAGGCGGAGGUAAAAGGGAACAUUCCCAGUUGGCUGCAGGGCACACUGCUGCGUAAUGGCCCGGGCAUCUUCUCUGUGGGGGAGACCAGUUACGAACACUGGUUCGAUGGGAUGGCCAUCAUGCACAGCUUCGCUUUUAAAGAUGGUGAGGUGACCCACAGGAGCAGAUUUGUCCGAGGUGACACGUACAAAGCGAAUAUGUCUGCGAACAGGAUCGUUGUGUCCGAAAUGGGGACGAUGGCCUAUCCGGACCCGAGCAAGAACUUCAUUUUCAAGGCAAUCACCUUUCUCAACCAUACAGUGCCGGACUUUACUGACAAUGGCGCAAGCAAUUUCAUGAAGUAUGGAAACGACUACUACGCCACCUCUGAAACGAACUACAUCCUGAAGAUCGACCCUGUGACGCUGGAAACUCAGGAAAAGGUGGACUACAUGAAGUACCUGCCUGUAAACCUGGCCACAUCCCACCCGCACUACGACAAGGAAGGCAAUGCUUAUAACAUCGGAACAUCGAUAGCAGAGAAGGGCAAGACGAAAUACACUCUGUUCAAAGUCCCUGCAGCUUCACAGAAAGGCCUUUCAGACAAAGACAAGAAUGCCCCCGCCCUGAAGAACGUGGAGGUGGUCUGCACGGUUCCCUGCCGCUCGCUGCUCACGCCGAGCUACUACCACAGCUUUGGCAUGACGGAAAACUACUUCAUCUUCAUCGAGCAGCCGCUUAAACUGGACAUCCUCAGGAUGGCCACUGCGUACAUGAGGGGAGUCAGCUGGGCGAGCUGUCUGAAGUUCUGCCCUGAGGAAAAUACGCUGAUCCACCUGAUAGACAGAAAGACCGGCAAAGUAGUGGAGACAAAGUACUACACCGGAGUGAUGAUUGUCUACCAUCACGUGAAUGCCUUCGAGGAUGACGGCCACGUGGUCGUCGAUGUCAUCGCCUACAAUGAUAACAGCCUUUAUGACAUGUUCUACCUGAGCAAGCUAAAGGAAAGCGCCGCGUUCAACGACGGCGGCUACUCCAAGCCGAGCUACAGACGAUUCGCUCUUCCCAUCCAUUCAAACAAGGGAAUUGCCGUUGGAGAGGACAUGGUGAACCUCAAAUUCACGACAGCCAGCGCAGUGAAGGAGAAGGAAGGCAAACUGAUGUGUCAGGCAGAGGUGCUGUGUGAAGGUUUGGAAUUGCCCAGAAUCAAUUACGACUUCAACGGCAAGAGGCAACGUUUCGUCUACGGGAACUGUGUGGAGCAAUCUGCACUGGCCAAACAGAUUUCCAAGUUUGACACAGAAUCCAGGGAGACUGUUUACUGGAAUGAAGACAACUGCUGGCCAUCAGAGCCCGUGUUCAUCCCCAGACCCAACGCAGAGUCAGAGGAUGACGGUGUGGUUUUAACAUCGGUUAUCAACUUCAACCCAGGCCAGUCUGAUUUCCUCCUGGUUGUUGAUGGCAGAACAUUCAAGGAAGUCGCUCGAGCAAACGUGAACACUGAGCUCCACAAGGAUAUGCAUGGUUUUUUUAUCCCGCAAGGAAAUUAGUCGGUGGUUUAUGUAAAAAAAAAAGGAAAAAAGAAAAAUGCCAUUGGAGAACUUCCACAACAAAAAAAGAACCUGCGUCCAAAAAGUAUGGCACGGUAAUCUAUUUGAAUAUUGAAAAAUACAUUGCUGACUAGUGUUGUGUAAUGAGGACAAACAUACUGCAGUGUCACUAUAAGUAUUAAUUGUAUCAAAACAAUAUUGUAUUCAUAUGUUUAUUGGAUGUUUUUGGAUUUGGUGUGGCUCAAAAAAAUCUCACGAGCAUGUAUAUAUUGCUGUUUGUUAUGUAGUCUACAUUAUUGUAUUGUACUGCUAUGACUGUCAUUUUACCACAGUGCAAAAUAAAAAAUAUAAACUAA